AUGUCCGCCUUGCCAUCAACGAAACCGCAGGCUAAAGGAAGUAAGCUCUUUCAGCAGGACAUCGUAGCGAAAAUUUCGGAUCCCGACUACUAUGGCAUAGUUUUGCGGUGUUGGCACGAUAAUGAAGAUUUUCCUCCACCUCCUGUAGCUGAUCCAAUGAUGCGACCUUUAUCAUACGGCGAAGUUGGUGUCACUUUCAUAUCUCAUGACAGAGAGAGGGAGAUACUUCCUGAAUCCCAACUUCGCCUAGUAGAUCGUACCCUUCAGCCUGGCGAUUACUGCAAACGCUCCUUUGAUGACGUCCGAGCUGGGGUAGUCACCGAGAUGAAGGUCAAAGGAAAGAUCAAGCAUGCUAUAAAUGCACAAAAAAUAGGCAGAUCAUUUACUACAUCCGAUUUGGUGGACAAAACGAAUGCAGAAGUUGGGGAUUACGUCGUUUACGAUGAUUGGGUUGGCCAGGUAUUCAGUCAGUAUCUCGUCCAACGUCCUUCCGGGGCCAUUUUUCAAUUACCUGAAAUGGGAUCGCGGUUUGCUGUUGGGGAAUCCGGUACUAAUAUUGUCAGCAAUAUCUCGGAAGAAAAGGAUAAUGGUGGGAAGGAUAUUGUGAUAGCUCUGUAUCACAGCGUUUAUGUCGUUGCAUGGCUCGCUCUAAACCAGUCUCUCGAUCCAUCUGUUAGUGCAUCUAAAAAGCGGCCUCAACGCUUUUGGUUCGGGGAAGACAUUGGUAAAUUGACUCUAAUUCGAGGCCGCUCCGACCUGGAGAUGCGUGUUGGUGAUCGUGUCCAACCCAAGGAUCUCACGGACAUACCUGUGUCAGAGCACGGUCCAGCUCCAAAGGUUGGCCAAGGUCGCCUUGUAACCACUUGUGUGGUCACCGAAACUUUGACAGAAGUUACCGUACUAUGGCAAAAUGGAAUAACGGAAGUUGUAAAGCCCGGAGAUUACGUUUUGUGGAAAAACGAGGAGACCAUCCAUCCCGCUGUUGUACAAUCUGUCAAUGCGAAGGAGAGGACUGCCCUGGUUCUUUUACCGGAGAGCGGCGCAGUUGAAUUGGUUCCAUUGCUGGAAUUGGACGCACAUGGCACCUCGGAGCAUGCUGGCAACGAUCCACAUACUGAAGUUUUUGGCGUCCGUCGCGGUGAUUUUGUCUUUGUACAUGCACCUGGUACAACAAAUGGACUGCAAAAACCCAGAGUGCCGCGAAUCGGCGAAGUGGAAGCUUGGGUUCGAGAAGACCCGUUCGAUUAUGCGGGAUGGAGACAAGAAUUAUGCGAUAUUGGGCUAGAAAUCGCUCCUAAACGGGAACAAACCACUUGUGGUCAUGGAUCCAUGCAACGGCCGGUGAAACACGACGGAAAGUUGCUUUGGUGCGGCGAAGUGACUGGUCUAAAUUUGGAUGGUACUGUACAGGUUACCCAUCCUGAUUCAAGCAUUCAGGUAUAUCCGUUGGAUCGAUUGACAAAACUUUAUGACGGCAUCGAACAACUGGAAGACGACGUUUGGGACGAAGGUUCCGACGGAGAACAUUCUUACACUGACGAAGAAGAGUGGGCGAUGAACGAGGAUGUUGAAUGGGAUAAUGCAAUGGAUACUCGCGUUUCAGAUGAUGAGGAUGACGCCAUCCAAGUGGACGAAGAGCUACGGUCGCCUGAACACGGCAUGCCAGGAGACGAUGAAGAAAUAAGCCCGAAUGUGUCGCACAAUAUGGGCCCUGUGGCAGAAGCCAUUUUUCAGAACCCUGAUUUGUCCACCGAAGGGCAAACUGCCGAUAAUCACAUCGAUGAUAUCUCGGAUGGGAUUCAAUGGAAGCGUUUCGAAAUUCUGCCUUCCGCACCCUCUGAUCAUCAUUUCUACUCAACACCCCCUACUCAAGUUUCACGCGCCUUUCUUAGUCGCCUUUCUCGGGAAUACCGAGUUCUGCGCAGCAGCCUUCCAGGCAAAUAUAACCAAUCUUUUUAUAAACUUUUCUCCUUCAUUUAUGUUUUUAUCUCUCUAGAUUCUAUUGUGGUCAGAGCGUAUGAAGAUCGGACCGAUCUACUUAGGUGUCUUAUUAUCGGGCCCGAAAAUACACCCUACGAAGACGCCCCCUUCGUCAUAGAUUGGCUCUUGGAUUCCAAUUUCCCCCAGGGCCCUCCUGUAGCACAUUUUCACAGUUGGACUAAUGGCAACGGUCGAGUGAAUCCUAACUUGUACGAGGAAGGAAAAGUCUGCCUAUCGAUCCUCGGAACGUGGAGCGGGGACAAGGACGAAAUUUGGAGCGCUGCACGCUCCUCCUUGUUGCAAACCUUUGUUUCUAUUCAAGGCCUGGUUCUCGUUAAGGAGCCAUGGUUUUGUGAGCCGGCAUUUGACAAGUUGAGGGGAACAGAAGAGGGAACAGUUAAUAGCCGACUUUACAGCGAGAAAGCUUAUGUUUUAUCCCGUGCAUUUGUUCGACGUGCACUAGAGAUCCCACCUGGGGGAUUGGAGCCAGAAAUACGAACUUUCUAUUUCAAGGAGAAACGUUUAGCCAAAGUUCUCAAAGAUGCUGAAAGACUUAUCCAAAAAAGUCGAGCAAGCCAGGAAGUUUUGCCUGCUGAACAAGAUGUUGCCGUCCCGCGCUUAUCAGCAGGGGGUAUCAUUUCUUUGGAAAGGACAUUGGUCAAAUUGCGCUCUUUUCUUCUGUCGGGAAUAUAA